AAAACAAGAAAACAACCUGAAGCUUUAAAAAAUCCUGGCGGCAGCAGUCGAUGCAUCCUCGCUGCAGUCCCUUCAAAUCCCUGCGGGUCCUUCUGGUGUUUGAGAAGCCGGUGGAGCUUUGGGCUCAGCUGAUCACCAUGGGCGGAGCUUCGUCGGUCCGACAGCUCCAGGUGGACAAAGACUGUUCAGACGUUCCCGCUGGAAAGUACGACGCUGUGGUGACAGACCACGCCUGUCCCCCAUUGGUGGAGAAAAGUGUGACGUCACAGGAAGUCCCACUGGUGUCCACGGAGUGGCUCAUUCAGAGUCUGAUCUGCGGCGAGCGCCUUGGUUUCCACAGCAAGCCUCAGUAUCGCCACGACUACUCGCCAUAAUCCAGACCGUGUUCAGUGUCCUGAGUUCUGUCGCAUGCUCUGCUGUAUAUAACCUGUGUGUUUUUAUGGGAUAAUAAUAAACUGUGACUCUGGUUUCAUUUUAA